UUGCUUCUCUCUGUUACUUCGAAAAUCUGAACCGGAUCUUCUAGUUCUCCAGUUGUUUACAAUUUCAUCCUGCGCGUUCUUUGCUUACUUCCCCGAUAGGCGUUCAAAGUUUGAAUUCUAGAGCCGACAAUGAGAGCUUUCUUGCGGGGUGUCUGCCUGCUAUUCCUCGGCCUCGCCGUGGCCUCUUCGAGAUUCCACCUGCCUCCACACGACCAGGUUGCCCGGGUCGCCCGCUUCGUCGCCCACCAGUGUGACUGGGCCUCCAUGGCCACCAUAAGCAGCCACAAGCCGGUAGCGGGGCAGCCCUUCUCCAACGUGUUCUCGGUAAGCGACGGGCCACCGGGCUGCAGCUCCGGAGUACCUUACCUGUACUUGACCCGUAUGGAGAUCUCCGUCCAGGACCUGCAGGUGAACCCUCAGGCGUCUUUGUCCAUGUCUCUGGCUCAGACUGACUACUGCCGCCAGCAGGGCUUCGACCCCCAGAGUCCUCUGUGCGCUCACAUCAUCCUGUCCGGAUCUGUGCUGGAGGUGAACGGCACAGAGGCAGAGUUUGCCAAGAAAGCCCUCUUCAGUCGACACCCAGAGAUGAUGGACUGGCCCUCAGACCACAACUGGUUCUUUGCCAAAUUCAACAUCACACAGGUGUGGGUGCUGGAUUAUUUCGGCGGGGUGAAGACAGUCAGUCCCGCUGAGUACUACCAAGCCUCUCCAACUAAGAAACGUUCAUGGGGAUUUAGUGUGUUCUUUGCAGUGAAUGAUAUUGCGAAUUAUUUCAAGUGAAUCGCUGAUUUGCUGUUAUUUAUGAGUGCCAUGCUUGUAGUUGCCGUGUGAAUGUUUGGAUUGCCUUCUUAUAAAUAUUGAAAGACAGUGUUUAGUUGAAGUGAGGUGUUGUUAGAGUGUGAAAUGGUACAGGUACACAGGGGCGGAGCUACAUGGUGGCUAGGGGUGGCCAUGGUCACUCCCUAGGCCUCCUCUACUUCUAGGACAGUGGUUUUGAUAUAUGUGACUUAUCUGCCAAUUUCUCAUGAAUGUAGUGUUCUUAAAUCUUUUGAUACAGUGCCACAAUAUAUACAUUUACAAUUGUACAUUGAUUUUUGUUUUUUGUCCUGAACAUUUUGAUGAAUUAUAUUUUUAGAGAGAACAUGAAUAUAUUGUUUGUGAAUAAAGGUUGUUGAAUAGAA